AAGCAAUCAUCGAUGGGAGGUGGAACCAUGCAUGUUGACCAUCCUGCGCCUCAGUAUAGGAGCACCCUGAAUAAGUUUUCUUUAUCAUCAUCAUCAUCUUCUUCUUCUUCUUCUUCCAAUCUUAAUCCUCCAGUUUCAACUGAUAGCAGCAUGCUCUUUACACCAUACAACAGCUUAUCUUGCUGCUGCUGCUGUCACAUUCAACUUUGCAGAAAAAUGGAGAUGGGGGAUGGAAAAGAAGCCAAAACAGCAAGUGGUUGUCGCUAUAAACAUGUGUUUGAGCCGGUUCCAUCUCAAUGGGAAAUUGAGGAUGCGGUAUCAGCUCUUAAAGAUUUUAUGCAAGCAGUAUCAUCCUCAAACACAAUUCAGCAGAUUGCAGGAUCUUAUGAUUCGAGGAUAGUGCUGUCUAAGGGAUAUAUAAGACUUUAUGAUGCUCUCCAUUUGCUGCAGGCUGAUCCCUCUAUUAAGAGAUUAGUGGUUUCACUAUCAUCUGAUAAAGCUAUUUGGGAUGCUGUCAUGAGCAAUGUGCUGCAUCACAAGGUCCUAGAGUUUCCUGAUUCAGUUGAAUGUAGCAGCAGGUCUCAGAUUUCUGAACAAAAAGAAUUCGGCAUACAUAUAUUAAGCUGGAUAUUGGAUAUCAUUAAACCAAAGAUUUUGGUACUGAUGGAAAGUUUCCAGUCACUUAUGAAUGAUGUAUUUCAAUUUCCUAGAAUGGAAAAUGCAACAGCAGAUGCAACGGAGCUGGAUGAAAAAGUAAGGUCGUCUUUGGUUCUCUCCAUUUUAAUCCUUUUGAUUGUAAUUAUGACUCGAUCCCAAAGGUUCUAAUCUUCGGAGAACGGACAACAGUACUUCAUUAUACAUAGAUUAUAAUAAUUUGGACAUUAGAUUCAUGUGCAAACUUUGACUGUUAUGUAAAAAUUUUGACUAAAACGAAAUGGCAUUACAUAAUCUGCUAUAUUAAGCUAGAUACUUAUGAUUAGCAUUUUGAUGUAGUAAUCAGCCUGAGAAAGCAUUCCACAAGGCAUAGGGUGUGU